AGAGACGAGCUGGGUGCGUUGCUUUAGGCACGUACUCCCGAGGUGCACGCCCACCAUCUCCCCCGCUCACCCUCUUUUCCAAAUGUGCUGCAAAGAAAAUUGUUGUUCUUUCACAUUUGCAGGGCACCGCCAUCCAAGUCUAGGUGAGCAGGACACCAGUUCUUACAGAACAUGGAUAGAGGGUGGUUUAUAGGACAAGAGAGGAUCCCCCCUACACAAUCGGAACAGCAGCUGUCCAGCUUUUUUGCUGGUAGCUCAAGGCCAUGCGUGACUAUCAACUUGACUGAAAUGCUUCACGCAGAUAAACCUAAUGCGGUAAAGAAGCCGAUUCCAAUCCGUCCCCCGAGCCCCGGAGUCUCCCUGCUAAGGGACAGAGAGUUCCACAGCAGCUUCUCCUGUGAACCAACACCGAAGCCUAUCAUCAGGCAGCGGUCACGCUCGCUGCCUUCCACCACAGAGAGGAAGAAACAUUGCAGAAAUGUAGGCGUGCGGUUUGUUGACUCUUUGGGGCUUGACCUGGAAGACAUCAGACUCUUCAGAUCUGGAGAGGAUCCACUUGUGCCACAUCACGUUACCUUUCGAUUGCUGAUGGGUGCAGAGUUGGCGGACGGAAAACAUCUGGAGAUUUCCUUGCCAUACAUGAAGCCAUUCUUCUCAGAGCAACCUGGCGACCGGCCAGGAUUCCUGCAUCGUCUCUGCGAGCGGAAAGUGUGUCUGGAGAGGGUCUUGUGUUUCGAGCUGGGUGUCAUCGGAAUCACCCAGGUCAUCAACUUGGACUUUGAGAAAGAUGUCACAGCUCGCUACUCGUUCACAGAGUGGAAGAGCUCCACAGAAACGAAGGCCUCGUGGGUGUCCACCGUCACCAAGACGUGGGAAGGGGGAGGGGGCCAACUCAGUUGCGAUACGUUUCGUUUCCACCUGCCUGUACCUCCUUUCCUGCAGCCAGGAGCAGAGCUAGAGUUUGCCAUCAAAUACAAAGUCUGUGGGGAGGAAUACUGGGACAACAACGAUGGCGAGAAUUAUAAGUUAGUUUGCCAUAACUACAAGCUUACUGUGCCCAAAGAAUGCGAGGAUAGCAUGGUGCACUUCAUUUAGGAUGCCUACUAAAGGCAGAAGCACUUUAGGAUUGUUGUUAGCAAGUCCACUUUAAAACAUAUAACUGCAUUGUCACAUAAUGUUCAUUAUGUUAAGCUGCUUUCAGACGUGCACAAUCUCCUGCUGCGUUCUUAAUAUGCGAAUGGCAAACUUUUGAAAAUAUCUGGACGCAUUAUCCGGAGAUCAUGAAAACAGCAUAGACCUCUGUAACAGAGGAUUUUUUAAAUAAAGUUAUAUUCAAGAUGAACUGUUACCAAACGUAGGCGGAGUGAAAUUAACAAACACUAGUGCACAUACACUUAACAACAACUGUAGAACCACUGUUCUUUUUUAAUGCACUUUAUUAAUUGAUUUUCCUGGCUAUUGAAAUUUAAAAAAAAAUGUACUUUAAUGUUGGAACAUCCCAUGAAGAUGACACUCACUGAGUGUUACAUAAAUUUCAGUGAAAACUGAAAUGAAAUGAAUGCACUUUCAGGUGGGUAUUUGACACAGAGAAUAGUUUUGUACAAUGCAGGAAUUUGAUCUGCUGAACCAAUGUGCUCUGUUUUCAGAGUUUAUUUUUGAGUCUAACCAAAUGUCCAAACAAUUUUACUGUCUUUUAAUGAAUGAAAAGUUAAUGCUUGAUUUUUCAACAAUAAAGCACAAUCACUCAAAAUGUUAA